AUGUCGUCUUUCGCCGAAUCCUCCCGAGACGUCCGUAUCGAAAACCGGGGACCUGAAACCUGGCUCGUUUGCGAGGCCCAGGCAGAGGAUGGAUCGUGGCAGCCCGCCGAAAUCAACCUCGAUGAUGUGAUCGGCAACGACGAUGGCUGGUUCAGCCGCGAUACCACCGGAUUUACCCAGAGCGCCGAUGAUAUCACUUUCGAAUUCCGUGGUUCCGAGCCUUGGCUCGAGGCUGAGCUGCCAACGCGUGAUGGUGGUAGCCGUGGACGUCAGGGCAUCAAUCUCGGACUCCACAUUACCAACAACGACGGUAACCUGGAGUGGUAUGUAAGUAUUGAGAUCUAUCAUUGGGGUCACUAA